GCUGAUCAGUCCUGUAAAGUGCACUCUGAGGCCACCGAGUUUGUUGUUGGUUAUGUGCCAUAGGAUAGAUAUUGUCUAUAUUAAAACUGUUGCAAGGUUAUAUUGCAGCGUUAUGAAUUCUGAAAAUACAUAAUAAAUAAAUUCUUAUUUUUAUUCUUUCAAUUGACUGUAACUAUUUGUUAGUGUGUUGGUUACGAUAUGCGUAGCUUACAGUAUAUGUCUCUUCUCCUUAUGAACGAGAAUUAUUAAAAGUUGCUUAUGUUUUGCUAAACGUCAUAAAGAAAAUUAUGAAUAUAUUUACAAAGUGUAUCCUGUUUUCUUUGUCAUUAUUUUCUUUGGUGUUUACUUGUUUAACUCUCUUUCAUUUUACUCAAUUUAUCUCAGACAUACCCUUGGUGAGUUGUAAUACAUCAGCUCAUCAGAUUUUGUUGGAUAAAACAGAUGAAGAUCCAGUAUUAUAUGCUACACAAGCUACAGUCAUAGAUAUAUCUCUUCUAUGUAUUUUUAUCAUCCAACACUCGUCUUUGCUGCCUAUUCAAGAUUUCUUAUCAGAAACACUAAGAUUACCAGUUUUAAAUCGAUCUUUCUUAAAUUUAUUUACUUCAGCAUCAUUACAGUUGCUGAUGCACCUCUGGCGGCCCAUCCCUCAGUAUGCUGUCUGGGUUGUUAGCACCGAGGAACCAUCAAGACAGUUGGGAUUCAUUACAGUUCAUCUCAUCUGCUGGCUUCUCAUUUACAUUUUGAUGAUUACUAUGGAUAUAACUGACUUUCUAGGAAUCAAACAAGUAUAUUACCAAGCAACAGGCCGUCCAGCACCAGCAACUUUGAAGUCUCAACAACUAAAAAGUCUUCAUAAAAAAGUUAGACAUCCCUCAUUCCUAGGCUUUUUGAUGAUAUUUUGGAUCCAUCCUUUCAUGAGGUUAGACCGACUCUUACUGGCUGUUGUUUGGAGCCUGUACAUGGCAGUAGUAUGGCGACCAGGAGUCAACGAUUACAAUUAUGUAAUACAACAGCAAGCAGCCAAACGGUCUGUCAUGUAAUCUUCCUUAUGCCUUCAUAUUGCCUUAGUCAAGUUAGCUUUAUCAAUGUUGGUUAGAAUAAUAUUAAUUUUUUUUCUAAUAAGGCUGUAAUAUCAGUAUUUUAAUGUUUAAUCUGAGACCUAUUCUUAGUUGAUAUUACGUUAAUUUAUGGUUGUGUCAUGAAUUAAGCAUUAUUUGCUUUAAGUCCUUAACCCUUUGACUGGUGGGUCUUUUCUUAGUAAAAGUGCCCUAAAAAGUUGAGUUUUUGUAAUGUUUAAUUUUUUUAGGUGAUUUGGGUUUACUGCAGUAGCUGUGUUAUUAAAAACAUUCAAUUAAACGUUUUUGAAGUUA